AUGGCUGUACUCAAUGUACAAGGGCAUAUUGCAAAAGGGGUUCGCAACAUGUACUUCGUGGUUUGGGGUGGUAUUUCAAACCCUUGGCAGUUUCUGGCAAACUGCGAUGCAGAACGCGGCCGCCCCCCCACCGGGGCGGCUUUAAAGUUCCUCAUGGUUAGAACUCACAAGAACUGGCCGGUGAGGAUCACUGCUUGUGGAGCUGCUACUCUUAGUACCUGUUUAGUAUGUGGGACAAAGGAGGACUUGGAAGAUAGGUUGGGUCGGGAAUAA